UCCUCUCCCAUUCAGGGCUGACUUGGGCUUGUGGUGCUAACUGGCUGUUAAUUGCCUGCCUAUACACAAGGCUUUCUCCACAUGCAGAAACUAGCUCCUUCAAGGGAAACUUCCCUAAUGAGAUUAUCUAUCAGAGCACAGGUCUGUCUAGACACCCCAAUAUACAACAACCCCACAUCCACACACCCACUGCUGCUGGCAGAAGCCUCUGAAGAUGCCCUCAGGUAAAGGUUACCUGCAGAAAGAGUGCUUGUUAUCAUUACACCAUUAUGGGUUUAUACCCACUGCGUAAUUUCUAUUAUGGAGAAGGCUGAGAAUGUGGAAAAGUGUAAAGGUCAUCGAAUAUUUAAUUUGAUAGUCUUUUAUCCUAUUUAAUUUCAGAACAAUACAUACAUGCAAUCAAUAGUGUUAGAAUAAUUGUUAUACUUUGAAAAUGUUGCUAUUUUAACUCAGGAUUAUCUCCUAUAAACGUUAAGACUAUUCUAUUUUCAUCAGUUUUCUUACAAUUAUUAUAUUGGGUAUUUACCAGAUUGCACAAACACACUAAAUGCCAUUUUGGUGUGUGGUUGUGUGUGUGUGAAUGAUAUUUACACAGAUUCUGGUGCCGAUCUGCAGCAGGGAAGUGCGUCCAUAUUUGUUUUAAAGUCUCUUAGUAGUUAAUAAAGAUGCAUUUCCUCCGUUCCCUCUUCCUGUGGGGACGGUAUCAAGGCUCUGUUAAGUCUCUUUGAUUUCCAGCACCCUCCAAUCACAGCGGGGCUCUGACUCAUCAUUGUGCCACUUCAAAGCCUGGGAAUGGCUCUCUUGACCCCACCCACCCCGGGACUCCCCUUAAAAGUCAUGGUCAUCCUCUUCCAGCAGGACUGAUCUCUAAUGUAUCUGCUGGAACAAGACGGACCAACCUUCUGCCUCCCUGAGCUGCUGGAUUUCUCUUUUUAACACAUGAGGCAGGACGUUAGAUCUGAACACACCGUUGGAUAUCACAAAUACUUGGAUUGCUUUUUGGCCCUCAGUGCAGGAACCUUUUUCAAGCUUCUCCUGCGUUUAACCUGAACAAUGCAGUCCAUCAGAGACUUGAAGUCCAACUUCGGCCCUCCUCCCCAGUCCAUGGCUGCUGGCCCCGAUGCCUAUAUGCAGGGCAACAUCAGAUUGACUCUGGAGGACCCUGACCUCUGGAAGUCCUUCCAUGAUUUAGGAACAGAGAUGAUUAUCACCAAACCGGGCAGGAGGAUGUUUCCACACUGUAAAAUUAAUCUAGCUGGCCUAAUUCCAUGUGCCAAGUACAUCUUACUGGUUGAUAUGGUUCCUGUGGAUGGUUUCAGAUAUAAGUGGAAUAAAGAGAAAUGGGAGGUGGCGGGGAAAGCGGAGCCCCAGCCACCCUGCAGGACGUACCUCCACCCUGACUCCCCCGCCCCGGGGAGCCACUGGAUGAAGCAGUCCGUCUCCUUCCUCAAACUCAAGCUCACCAACAACACACUCGACCAGCAAGGCCAUAUCAUUUUGCACUCCAUGCAUCGCUACCACCCGCGCUUCCACAUCGUCCAGGCAGACGACCUGUUCAGUGUGCGCUGGAGCGUCUUCCAGACCUUCACCUUCCCUGAGACUUCCUUCACCGCGGUCACAGCGUACCAGAACACCUCGAUCACAAAGCUGAAGAUCGAUCACAACCCAUUUGCAAAAGGUUUCCGGGAUGAAGGCACCAAUAAAAAAAGGCGUUCAAGCAAGAGUCCAGCCUGCCUGGAGAAACGAGCCAAGAUGUCCGACAUGUUGAACAGAGACUCUAAGGAGGACAGUCCACCAGAUUUCUGCCGGUCAGCGUACGAGGCUUACGACGGAGAAGAAGAAGGAGACAUGCCCAAACGGAAAGAGGCUGAAGGCAUCAAACAGGAGCGUUACUCCCCCUGGGCCGCAGAGCGGGAGCACGGUGUGAGGACCGAGUCCCCCCCCGGGGCCGACCACAGAGACGUGUACAACACGGAGCAGCUGGUCCCUGCCCCGGCCUCCUACCAGCCCCAGAGGGUCCAUGACUUUGGGAAGCCCCCCUCCCCCUCCCCCAGCGUGGGCAGCAGCCACAGCGGGUCAGGACGCAGCAGCUUCGAGUCCCGAGUCCCCGACGUCGCCACGGUGCCAGACCACGACGCCUCAAAGCUCCGCACACACGAGGUGGGCCCCCACCCCUGUGGCCCACAGCCCCUCCCGGCCCCCCAGGACUACCCCGGGGUCCUCAACAUGUCCAUGGCCCACCAGGCAGGGAAACCGGGGGUGAUCGGACACCACCUCUACAGUCCGUACGGCCCCGAGCAGCCCCUGGGCCAGUGGAGCAACCCGGGCCCCACACAGUACCCCCCCCCUCACCACCUGACCGCCGACUACACAACGCCCGCUGUGCACCAUGGAUAUCACCAUGGCAACGUGGCUGAGUGGAGCCAGUACCCUCUGUUCUCUUACUCGUGCUGGUGAAGGAUCCGAGGUGAUAAGUGACUGAUACCGGUGCUGAUCCGGGGGGGUGCAUGCCGACAAGAGGCCCAAAAAAAACUGAUUUGAGAGAGGAAAAAUAUGUUUGAUGAGAGCGGCCGGACGUCUCCAGACUGACAGGAUGCUGACUGAAACCAAAGUGUGCUACGCCAUGCUGUUUGAUUGUUAUUAUUGUUGAAUUGUCUAUUUAUUUUCUAUUUCAUCUCAUCUCUCAAGUUUAAAUAUUAUUUUUGUAAAAGAAAGAUUGAAACGUGUGUGCAAUUUAUGUCUGUCUUCAAAUUGUGAUGUGAUCUGAAAAUAAAAACCUUAAAGUAACAGGA